AGUGCUGUAAUCAAACAAAUGGAAGUCGACGGUUCGCUGUCUGCCUCCACUACGGUAACAACAGAACUUCACGUCAUCCAAAAUGAGUAGAGGAACCUCUGCAGGAUUUGACCGGCAUAUAACUAUAUUUUCGCCCGAGGGCCGAUUGUAUCAAGUCGAAUAUGCAUUUAAAGCCAUUAAUCAAGGUGGUCUGACAUCAGUAGCAUGUAAAGGGGAAGAUACAGCAGUAUGUGUCACACAGAAGAAAAUUCCAGAUAAGUUGUUAGACCCAGCAACAGUAACCCACAUAUCCAGGCUUACCCAAAAUAUUGGAUGUGUGAUGACCGGAAUGAUUCCUGACAGCAGGUACCAAGUGACUGUAGCCCAGAAUGAGGCCAACAACUUCAAAUACAAGUAUGGCUAUGAAAUUCCCAUUAAUGUUCUUUGCCGCCGUAUUGCAGACAUCAAUCAAGUUUAUACUCAGAAUGCUGAAAUGAGGCCUUUAGGAUGCAGUAUGAUUUUGAUUGGAUAUGAUGAUGAGCUUGGCCCAUGUGUGUACAAGACUGAUCCUGCCGGAUAUUAUUCUGGGAAUAGAGCUUGUUCAGCUGGUGUGAAGCAAGUGGAAGCCAACAGUUUUCUGGAGAAAAAGUACCGAAAGAAGACAUCAUAUGGCCAUGAUGAAGUGAUUCAGCUUGCCAUCACAUGUCUUAUGCAAGUGCUUUCAGCAGAUUUUAAACCCACUGAAAUAGAGGUAGCUGUAGUCUCAAAAGAAGAACCUAAAUUCAGAACUCUGACAGAGCAAGAAAUUGACUACCAUCUAACUUCUAUUGCUGAGAGAGAUUAGAGAAGGCGAGUCAAGAUCAACCUGACAUCAUUUAGACAAGAAAUUAUUUAUCUUACUUGGAUUGUUUGAUGCAGACCUAAUUUAUAUUUGUUGCAAUAAGGAAAGGACUUGGUUCAGUAAUAUUUACAUAAGCUUAGGAUUCUCAGUAAGUUUGAAAAUUGUCAACUUUAUAUACAUUUUUUUUUUGCUAUACAGUACCAAGCUUAUUAACUACCUUGUUUUGAUUUAUGUGUAACAAAAAUUUAUAUUACUUGUAAUACAAAUUCUCUUGACUAAUAAAUGUCAAGUAAGAGAA